GCUGUUGCGCAUUCUUCACUGCAGAUCACCGCUGGUGCUGGGACAGGGCAGCGCCUCUGGUCCUCAAGAGGUGGGAAGAGUUGAUGAAUCUGUGCAGUAAUUUGCAUUUUUACUGGGAUUGAGAUAAAUUCAUAAUAACAAGUACGAUAGGACGUAUCAACGUUGGGAUAUUUCAAGAGUUUCAAGACUGAAGUUCGGUAACUACACUGAAUACCUUGGAAAGUGGUUCUGACGUUGUAUGUGAACAUGACAGACUUCUUAUCAGUAAUGGAUAUAGAGGCAGAUCCAGAGGACAGACUCCAGCUGGACCCCUCCAGUCCACAGAGUCCUCCGCUGGAUUGGAUUGACACGGGGAAGAGCCUGAAGGUGCAGACGGCCAGCCCCCACCUGGUCAGCCUGGGCAGUGGCCGUCUCAGCGUGGCCAUCACACUGCUGCCACUGAGAGAGGGUGUGACUCGUAUCGGGCGUGACGACGCCCCUAUAUCUCAGGACAUCACCAUCGAAGGCCCCGGCAUCGAAGCGGAGCACUGUCUGAUCGAGAACCGGGGAGGAGUCGUGACCCUUGACCCCUGUGGUCACUUGUGUUCCCUUGAUGGCGUUCCGGUGAUCAAACCCACACCUCUCACACAAGCCAUGGACGUGGUGUGUGAGAUGUGUUCCGUAACAGCCAUGGACGUGUGUGAACACUCGUGUGCAGAAUCAGUGGGACACAGUGGUGCACUCUGCAUUUCAGAGAUUGCCCUACAGGAGCGCCAGCGCCUGGAGACUAUCCUGAGCCUGUGUUCGGACAUGGGUCGCCAGGAGAAGGACCACUCCGCCGUGUCCGACCUGCAGAAGAUCAACAGGGAGCUGGAGAAGCUCCAGGUCUCCGACGACGAGUCCGUGUUCUCCGAGUCCAGUGGAAUGUCGCCUGAGAACGGCUACGCGCUCAGCUCCCCGGAAUUCCACCACCAGCUUGGCGAGGAGCGGCAGAUCCGCCAUCGACGAAGCAGCGGCCAGAGGGACGUCAGGGCGGAGUCGCCAGCUGUCAGCCUACGAAGCUCCGCUCCUUCUCCUUCACCACGUAUGGCCUGGACGAACAAGGCUCCAGAGCUGGUGGAGGACCUGCACCUGAAGCAGGAGAUGACUCGCAUCGAGGAGGAGAGGAUCCAGGUGCUCAACAACAUGGAGGAGCUGGAGCAGAAGAUCAAAGACCUGGACAACCAGAUGGAGGAGUCAGUCAGAGAGAUGGAGGUGGAGCGAGCUCUGCUGGAAGGGGAGCAUGAGUCGGAGGCGUCCCAGCUGCAGCAGGACAGAGAAGCCUUGGAGCAGCUCAACUACAAGAUGGCCGACCUGGAGAAGAAGCUCCAGACGGAGAAGUCUCAGGAUCUGGCCCUGCUCUCUGAAGAGAGGUCAAAGGUCGAGAAGCUGGCCGAGCUAGUGUCCGAGCAGAGGAGCCAGCUGGACACCUGUCCCGAGGCCAUGAAGGAGCAGCUCCAGCAGCAGCUCUCCAGGGACUCUGAGGUGCUGGAGGUGGAGACCAAGCGUUUCGAGGACCUGGAGUUUCAGCAGCUGGAGAGGGAGAGUCGCCAGGAUGAGGAGAAGGAGACGCAGAUCCAACAAAUCCUACGAGACAUCAGCGACUACCAGCGCAGCACCGUCACACGCAAGGAGAGACUGCUGACCCUAAAGAAACAGACCUCCCAGAUCUCCCAACAGGCCCAGAAGGAGAAGGAGAGCUUCCUCAACGAGAAGAGCAACCUGCAGCUCAUGCUUCAGAGGGAGAAAGAGAACUUUGCCAGCCUGGAGAGGAAGUAUGCUGACCUCACGGGUGGGCGCAGCUUUCCAGUCAAUCCCAACAGCAUGAAGGAGGACCCGUCUUUGCUGGCUGACGUGUGUCGGUCCAGCUGUGACCCCCCCCUCUCUGGCCACGCCCUCCCCUCCCUCCCUGCCGACCUCUUGGUCAACUCCUCUCUCCUUUCCUCUCUGGCCGCCAAGAGUGCAGAGGGCUAUGUCACGGUCACUGAGCUCAAUGAGCUGUACUCUCAGCUAGGGGAGAACCCUCUCAUGACCUCCGACCCCCCUGUCCCUGCCCCUGCCCUGGCCAUAGCCCCCGCCCGUGCCUCGCCUCCCCCAGAGACCCCCUCCUUCCCUGGGACUGACCCCGAGCUCAGCCCUGGCCUGGGUCCGAGUCCCGACGACCAAACGUGCAACGGAGAGGAAGAGGUGUGUGACCACGGACAAUGGCCGCUAUGUUAUGGCUGUGUGUUGGUUAUAAAGAUGGCCGCUAUGUUAUGGCUGUGUGUUGGUUCCAAUGGGAAAUCUCCAGGAGGAUUUGUGUUCUUCAUUUUCCCAUCUCACGUCCUCUCUUCCUCUGCUUCCCUCCUGAAGCUCUACAUGUCUCCCUGUCCUUUACCUCUGGCCUGCCCUUCCUCCUCAUCCUCCUCCUCUUCCUCUUCCUCGCGCCCUGUCCCCAUGCCUGUCCCCAAACCGGCCUCGGUGCACUGGCCCGAGGACAUGGUGACCUACGUCAGCCCCUCUCCUCCUCCCGACUCCCCUCCUCCGCUACCUGCCAAAAAACGCAGCAGUCGCCACAGGCAGCACUUCCGCACCCUAGAGGAGAGGAAGAGGAACGGUAAAGACGGUGGCUCCCACCUGAGCGACACACUGCCCCGCAAGAAGAGCCAGUCCAGCAUGAGCCCUCCGUUCAGCUGCUCCACACUGGGCCGCAACGUCUCCAAGUCUCACAUGCCCCUGGUACAGAGCUCAAGCUGUGGCAGCAUGUUGCCCCGCGGGCUCACCGUCUCGUCCAAGGACCUGCAGCCACGCCGUCUCCACAAGGGUCACAGUCAGCAGCAGGUCGGGGAGGACCCGCGUCAGAGGCUGACUGACCUGUCGGGGCGCUCCACGUCCCAGACCAACGUCUACCUGGACUCCUUCAGCUACCACGAGGGCAGUAGCCGUGCCUACGACACCCUGAGCGUGGACAGUUCCGAUAGCAUGGAGACCAGCAUCUCCGCCUGUUCCCCCGACAAUGCCCUCAGUGCCAGCACGGCCAACAUGAUGAAGAUCGAGGAGAUGGAGAGGCUGCUGAGAGAGGCCCAGGCCGAGAAACACCGCCUACUAGAGCACAGGGAGCGAGAGAUUGAGGUGCGCAGGCAGGCCCUGGACGAGGAGAGGAGGCGUAGGGAGGAUCUGGAGAAGCGACUGCAGGAGGAGACCAGCAGACGACAGAAACUCAUCGAGAGGGAGGUCAAGAUGCGCGAGAAACAGAGGACCCAGGCUCGUCCCCUGACUCGGUACCUGCCCGUCAGGAAGGAUGACUUUGACCUGCGAGGUCACAUCGAGUCGGCUGGACACAACAUCGAGAUCUGCUACCACAUCUCCAUCACCGAGAAGACCUGCCGAGGGUUCCUGGUCAAGAUGGGGGGCAAGAUCAAAACGUGGAAGAAGCGGUGGUUCGUCUUCGACCGCAACCGCAGGACACUGUCCUACUACGCUGAUAAACAUGAGGCCAAGCUUAAGGGAGUGAUCUACUUCCAGGCCAUUGAGGAGGUGUACUAUGACCACCUAAAGAACGCACACAAGAGCCCCAACCCCUCUCUGACGUUCAGUGUGAAGACUCAUGACCGGGUCUACUACAUGGUGGCCCCAUCCCCUGAGGCCAUGCGGAUCUGGAUGGACGUCAUCGUCACCGGAGCGGAGGGAUACACGCAGUUCAUGGUUUAGGGGGGUGUGAGCUGGCCCAGGUGGAGGGAUAUUUCAGAGAACCUGACAUGAUGUCACGGGGCAUUCUCUACCCCUCCCCUGUGAACUUAGAGUUGACUGCAGUCUAGUUAUUUCAGUAUAUGUGUUUAUAUAUUUUAGUAUAUGUGUAUAUAUAUUUUUUAUAUUUUCACGAGGGCUUCAUGCUGUGCCUUAUCACUUCAUACACGUGUCUUAUUCUACAGGUCUAUUUCUUCUGUUCUAAAACCAAAGUGGGUUUUGCAAUCAGAAUAGCUCUGCAAACUUUAAUAAGGUGUUUGCAGAGCUUGCUCUUGCUCUUUCAGUGUGUGUGCGUGCGCGUGAUUUAGUGCACAAGCACACACGCAUAUUGAGCUAAACCGGCGUUCCUACGUGCCUUAAUGAGUGAGUGCCUCCACUACACCAUGAUGUUGAUGGAGAGAUAAGAGUGAGUGUGUGUGUGUGUGUGUGUGUGUGUGUGUGUGUGUGUGUGUGUGUUUUCCUGAGGUCAUUUCAGUGUUGUCGUGGUGUUUGGGACAGUGGUCUUUCUCAGGGACAGGACACUCUAACACUAUUUAGCUGGUACUGGUUACAAUUGGAAGUGGGUCACACAUAAAGCUGAAAUCCUCAGAGAAAUGUGUGUGUGUGUGUGUGUGUUGAUGUUUGUGUUUGUGUGUGUGUGUGUUGAUGUUUGUGUUUGUGUGUGUGUGUGUGUAUUGGUUUGUGUGUACCUUAGUGUGAUGAGUCUGGUUCAUGAUUUGAAACCCCUUCUAGAGGGACUUCACUGAAACCUGUGGUGCUAAGACAAAUGUAAAUAUCUCAUAUCAAAAUUCAGUGCCUAGGUUACUCAGCUUUAGUCUAGAUAAUGUUGAUAUAUAUUUUAAAUAGCACUCCUUAAUACAUCAAAAUAUGUACAUCAGAAUUUAUUGUAUUGUAGUUUUUAUUCAGAACUGAUCAAAAUUGUCAUAAUUUUUAAAGCCUUUUUGUAAGUACCAUGUUAGAUUUGAUACGCUUUUUUUUUAUUUGCUUUACCCCUGAAGUGUCCGUGUAGUUUUACUUGCUGGAUAUUUUUAUGUGUAAAAGGCAACAAGAAAAAUAGAAUUACUUUUGUAUGAACUUCCCACUGGGGUGCCAAUUAGAGGUUUCUGUUAGUUUUGUGUAUAAAAACGGAUCUGUUUGUAAGAGCAGAUUUUAAAUAUACUCUGCUGGUUUGUAUUCUUAUCUGUGAGGGGUGCCAUGUACUUCACUUUUACUUCUGCUACUCUGUGUAAACGUCAAAUUGCAAAGAGAACAUUUUCAUUCUGGUUUGCCAGAAAUAUUUAGAUAUAUUUAAGUGCUAAGAGCUUUAAGUGAUUUUAUAUAUAUUUUUUUUUUUGCACAAAUGUAUUUUCAUGUACAAUUGUUCAAUCAUGUCGUCCACUGAUUUGUCAGUGUAUAAGCUUCAAUUAUGCAACUUUCAACCUGUAGGGGGCAGCAACUACCUUCCAGACCCUCAUAGCCAAGGGCAGCCUUUGUUCAGCUGAUCCAGUUUUUACAUCAGUAGAAUUUGCUCAGUUUUUUAUAGAAAUAUUUAUAUUGUUAAUCAUGCAUGCAUCUUUAUUUUCAAUCAAGAAAUAAAGUGAGAGCAUAACAUGCA